AGAUCAAAAGAUUACUCAAAAAGAAUAUUCCGAUUUUUCAACUGUGUCUUUGGUUUACGGGCAUUACAUCGUACACAGCCGGACUCGAACAUCACUUUAUUUCCGUAGAAAUAUCAUGGCCACAUGUUCUAGCC